CUAGAAGCUUUCAAGUUGUUUCAGUUUCAGAUACCAAAACCGGGUUUUUUGGUUUGAAGUUGACGAGUGAGUGACGACGACGAUGCUCUCAAUCUCUCAGCUGCCGAGUUUCUCGUUAACCUCCGUCAAAUCCCUUCGUUAUCCUUCUUCUUCUCCUUCUUCGUCUCUCUCUCUCUUCUUCUCCUUCUUACCUAGAGUUUCCAAUUUCGUCAGAGCAAGUUCUGGAACCCCCAAUUUGGUCGCCUGUACUCCUACGGAGAGCAUCAUCCCCAGAGUUAACAACGCCGGUCUCAAAAUCGAGGAGACAGUCGAUUCCGUGCAAGGAAAGAUUCGGAUUGAUUCGUGGAUCUCUUCUCGUGUCAUUGGCGUUAGCCGAGCUCGUGUACAGUCUAGUAUUCGAUUGGGACUCGUCACCGUCAAUGGCCGAGUCAUUGAUAAGGUUUCGCACAAUGUUAAAGCUGGCGAUGAGGUCAAUUGUACAAUAUCAGAGCUUCAACCUUUAAAAGCUGAAGCUGAAGAUAUACCAUUAGAUAUAGUUUAUGAAGAUAAACACCUUCUUGUUGUUAACAAACCAGCUCACAUGGUUGUUCAUCCUGCGCCUGGGAAUCCUAGUGGCACGCUUGUUAAGGGAAUACUUCACCAUUGUAGUCUUCCUUGUGUUGCUUAUUCAAACACGGAAGAAGAUGAUGAUUCCGAUGAUGAAUCUUUUUCAGAUGAUGAAGAGAUGACGACCUCUUCUAGUUCAUAUGCUGCUUCUGUUCGUCCUGGUAUUGUUCAUAGGUUGGAUAAAGGCACCACUGGUUUGCUCGUUGUUGCCAAGGAUGAACAUUCUCAUGCCCAUCUAGCGGAACAGUUUAAGCUACACACAAUUGAGAGAGUAUAUGUAAGUCUUACUACUGGGGUUCCUUCUCCACCUCAGGGGCGUAUUGAGAUACCGAUUGGUCGUGAUUCGAGUAAUCGGAUUCGUAUGGCUGCUAUACCUGGAGGAGUAAGCAGUGGAAGAGCCCGCCAUGCUGCUAGUAGGUAUAAGGUAAUUGAAACACUAGCUGGAGGUGGCUCUGCAUUGGUUGAGUGGAGAUUGGAAACCGGCCGUACCCAUCAGAUACGUGCUCAUGCUAAGUAUAUGGGAGUUCCUCUAUUGGGUGACGAAGUGUAUGGUGGAACAAAAAGCAUGGCCCUUUCUCUUCUGCAGAAAAGAGUCUCCCGCAGUGAUCAAGAAGAGAUCAUAGAGCUAAUUUCCAGACUGGAUAGGCCGUGCCUUCAUGCUAUAGUUCUCGGCUUUACGCAUCCAUGCACCGGGGAAAUUGUAAAGUUCUCAUGUCCACCACCUCCAGAUCUUGCAGAGAUAGUAGGCUUGCUUCGUAGAAGCGGAAAAGAAAACGUAAACUAAUCUCUCGACUUUGGUUUAUAAUUCAUCACAGCCAAUGAUUAUGGAGAUCUAAAGAAGGGAACUCAUCUUCGUUAUGAUGAUCUUACUCGUCUCUAGUGAUAUCUGACGAAACAAAAGAGAUUAUAGAUUCCAAUUUAUUGGUCGUUGAGAUGUUGCAACAAGUUAUUCUAGAAUCAAAAGCCUUGUUUAUAGCUUGUAGAGGUGUGUAUGUAUACAGACUCUUCAAUGACAUUUCAAUGAAAAUCUAAGUCGUACAACA